AAGGCAGCCGUAUCCCAACUGGCUUUUUCCAGUUGGGCCUCAGCCUCGCAGCCCCUUCGUAUCCAUCGCAGCAGGGCCGGAUGACCAUCCAAGAUGCAUAACCUCCGCAAGACUUGUGGUUGUCCUAGUAUUCCGUCGAUUCUCAAAGCAUCAACAAUUCCUACGCCAAUUUCUGUCUCAAUAAGUGAAGCAUGGGACAAUGACGAAGGAGUUUUCUGGAACACCUUCAUUGUCGAAGUUGCGACUCCCCCACAGCCAGGCCACGCCACUAUUAGGACCGCAACAGACGAGACUCUGUUUGUCAUUGAGUCAGGAUAUCCAAGCAUCGAUGGAACCACAUAUAGCUUCACUUAUUACAACCCCUACCGGUUUUCUCUCUCUAUUAGUAUCAUUGUAUCAAUUCGAAUGGUAGUAGUGCAUGCUUUUCCUGCUCUUGUUCUUGAUGCUGCUGGUAAAAGGAUGACUAAUCAGCCCCUUUUCUUCUGGUGCUUGUUGCCCGACCUCGCCGACGACAUCUCUCUUCCAACCUCAAUCUCAAAACCUUAUGCGACUGCACAACCAACGCAUAAUGCGCCAAUUGAUAGGAGUGGAUGCCGCGGGCAUCCUGUUAUAAUAUGAGCGAGCUCUCCAAUACCUCGCGAACAAUUCGACCUCGAUUGCUAUCCACGAUGAAACCGGGGUCCUGCGAGGCAGACAGAGUCGAGAGACACACACAAAGACCAUGGACAUAGGGCGCCUGGAGCCGCAAUCUCGGAAAAAUUGGCCAGGAGAUGGAGAUAUCAACACGAUAUAUUGCCUUGAUAUUGA